UCAGACUUUUAUUUAUUCGGCUGAUUUUAGUACCUAAAAUAAAAUAAACUAGAAAGCCUUAGAGUACUUGUAGAUAUUGAGAUAAUCUAAUCUAAUCAAUAGGUAAUAGGAGAUAAUACUCGUGGAAUCCAAAUUUACCGAAUCGCAUUUCGUUUCGCAUCGUACCGAUAGUAGUCUUGGUAUUAUACGAUUUCGCACUUCGGCCUUCGCACUCUUUCGCAGCAGCGCCGAGCGGAGCGCAGCAGUCGUAAAAGGUAGAGCAAAGAGUGUUGACGUCCAUUCCAAAGUUAUUAAACGAUGAAAAAAAUUGUGGUAUUUGGUGCUACCGGCAUGACCGGCCUUUGUGCAGUUGAAGCGGCUGUGAAAAAAGGCUUAGAAGUACGCGCCUUCGUUCGCGACCCUUCCAAACUGCCAGAAGACAUCAAAGAAAAAGUUGAAGUUGUCAAAGGCGACAUCCUCGAACCAGACUCAGUGUUUAAUGCAAUCGAAGGCACAGAUGGAGUGGUCAUUGCCAUCGGAACCAGCGGCAGCCUGGCGCCUACCUCUGACAUGUCAGAAGGCACCAAGAACAUCAUAGAAGGAAUGAGAGCAAAGGGAGUCAAGAAUGUCUCGGCCUGUAUUUCAGCCUUCUUGUUCUAUGAGAUGGAUAAGGUCCCUCCCCGGUUUGUGGAUGUGACGAAAGACCACAAACGGAUGUAUGUGGAACUCAAAGAGAGUGGUCUUAACUGGGUGGCGGUGUUCUCUCCUCAUAUCUCUGACGACCCCAGUCGCGAAAUAAUCGUUGAAGUGAACCCGGAGAAGUCACCAGGCCGCUGCAUAUCCAAGCACGACCUCGGCAAGUUCCUAGUAGACUCCCUCACCCAGGAGGAAUACUACAAGGCGGUCAUAGGACUGUGCAACGCGCCCCUACCGCAGUGAUACUGACAGUUACUAGUGCUCAUAGGUUGUGGAUGCGUGGAACUAAGAUUCUGUGUAGCCCAGACCUGCCUCAUUGCAGGGUGGUCGGGUGAAGGGUGAGAUUUUGUCAGUCCAUGCUUCUAUAGUAUGGUAUCCAAUUAGAGUUAGGACUGUAGCUUUGGAAGGUUUCAAAGGUCCAAACCUCAGACUACUUUUUUUUUAAUUAUUUAGAAGUUAGCCUACAAUUUCACCUGAUGGUAAGUGAUGAUACAAUCUAUUUUAGAAUUUAAAUUAUCGUGAGUGUUAUUCGUAUUAAUUUAUUAAGCGACACGAGUAAAACUCACUUAACGGGGCCAUACGGGGCCCUUAGUCAUUAGCUGGUUCUUGCAACGCGCAACAUGUUCCACGGGCCGGAAACGGUUUAUAAGUAUUUUCGACUUUUUUCAAAGUACAAGCUUCAUAAUUGGUUACCUUACUUGUCUAUUGUAGGAGCAUGAGCUGACAAACUUUCAGCGUUCAUACAAUGAAGCAGGUCUGGCUAUAACAGGCUCUCGUAUUUUGAGAGGGUGUGAGUUUAACCCAGUAGUUGCACUAGGCAUUAUAUUAUCUUGGCAAGUGCGGAAAUUUUGAAAAAAUUAAAAAUUUUAAUUUUUUAAAAAUUUUUCAAAUAUUUUUAACAAUCGGAUUUCUAUUCCCCAAUUUUCUCAUCAAAUUUAAAAAUUUUAAUAUUUUAAAAAUUUUUCAAAAAAUUUUAACAAUCGGAUUUCUAUUCCCCAAUUUUCUCAUCAAACACUUUCGGUUAAGUCAUCAAUAUUCUCUUUCAAAAUGCUUUCAUUUGAGGUCAUCAGUCGAGUAUAUUUGCAGACAUUCGGUUGUCCACAACUUUUAAACGGCUCAACCGAUUUUCAUCAAACAUGUCUAAGAACGCUCGCACUUAAGUCACCUUAAAUACAAAAAAAAAACUAGUGUUCUUCACUUCAAUUCAGUGUUAGACUUACUCAAAAUUAAAAUUUGUGCACAUUAGAUAUUUUGCCGAAUUGUAAAAUUACCACCAAUCAAGUUAUCUUACUAUUUUUAGCUCAUUUUACCAUCUUUGGUAAAGGCGCGUUCACACGACGUAAUAGAGAAAAAAUCUGGAAAGUUUAUUCCAGUAUUACUUGCCUUUGCACGCCAAACUUGCCUUUCUGUCGGGUAUUUUAUUUAAACUUUUAGAACUAAGUAUUAUGUUAACAUUUGCCUACAUCUGCGACACGAUAUACUUGUAUGGGGUGUUACGACUAUUUAAAAAAAAAUAGUCGUGGUUAUUUGAAAAUGUUUGUUUUUAUCUUUUUUUAGAGAAUUCUGUAGAUUAAAAAAGUUUACUGUUUAUAUUUUAACCAAUCAUUUCAUUUUCUUUGAUAAUAACCUCUAUUUUGCUAUUUCAAGGACGUCAAAACAGCUGUUGUAGCGUGUCGCAGAUUAUUUGCACAAAUGUAUACGUGGCUUUACUUCACUUUGGGUAUCAAAACAGUAUUUAUGUUAAUUAAUAAAAUUAAUUAUUGUUAAACGGAACUUUAAUUUACUUUGUUAUGUAACAUAAUAAUAUAUUAAAAUAAAAUGUUUUAUAAAAACACCUGUAGGGUAAUAGAAGAAUUAACACGGAAAAUAUCAUUUUAUAUCAAAUAUUAUUUUAAUUAUAAUGUAAACUGGAAAUUCAUUGAAAAAGUAAUUUUUUCGUAUGUAAAAACUAUGAUGUUGAGAUAAAGGAAUAAAUAGUUGUAUUAAUAA